AUGUGGAGGAGUGUCAUGUGGGGGUGUGUCAUGUGGAGGCGUGUCAUGUGGAGGAGUGUCAUGUGGGGUGUGUCAUGUGGGGGUGUCAUGUGGGGCGUGUCAUGUGGGGUGUGUCAUGUGGGGUGUGUCAUGUGUGUGUCAUGUGGGGCGUGUCAUGUGGGGGUGGUCAUGUGGGGUGUCAUGUGGGGGCAUGUCAUGUGGGGGUGUCAUGUGGGGGGUGUCAUGUGGGGGUGUGUCAUGUGGGGUGUGUCAUGUGGGGUGUGUCAUGUGGGGGUGUGUCAUGUGGGGCGUGUCAUGUGGGGCGUGUGUGGGGCGUGUCAUGUGGGUGUGUGUCAUGUGGGUGUGUGUCAUGUGGGGCGUGUCAUGUGGGGGGUGUGUCAUGUGGGGCGUGUCAUGUGGGGCGUGUCAUGUGGGGUGUGUCAUGUGGGGUGUGUCAUGUGGAGGCGUGUCAUGUGGGGUGUGUCAUGUGGGGGUGUGUCAUGUGGGGCAUGUCAUGUGGGGGUGUGUCAUGUGGGGCAUGUCAUGUGGGGGUGUGUCAUGUGGGGCGUGUCAUGUGGGGGUGUGUCAUGUGGGGGUGUGUCAUGUGGGGCAUGUCAUGUGGGGGUGUGUCAUGUGGGGGUGUGUCAUGUGGGUGUGUGUCAUGUGGGGCGUGUCAUGUGGGGCGUGUCAUGUGGAGGCGUGUCAUGUGGGGGGUACUCAUCGUCUUUCUUGUAA